AUGGAGACAAACAAAUCCAGAUUGGAGCUAGCUAAGACUCCGGUACACAAGGCGGGAGGCAGCAGUAACUGGUUGGUAGCUAGGACUCUGGUACACAAGGUGGGAGGCAGCGGUAACUGGUUGGUAGCUAGGACUCUGGUACACAAGGUGGGAGGCAGCGGUAACUGGUUGGUAGCUAGGACUCCGGUACACAAGGCGGGAGGCAGCGGUAACUGGUUGGUAGCUAGGACUCUGGUACACAAGGUGGGAGGCAGCGGUAACUGGUUGGUAGCUAGGACUCUGGUACACAAGGUGGGAGGCAGCGGUAACUGGUUGGUAGCUAGGACUCCGUUACACAAGGCGGGAGGCAGCAGUAACUGGUUGGUAGCUAGGACUCUGGUACACAAGGUGGGAGGCAGCGGUAACUGGUUGGUAGCUAGGACUCUGGUACACAAGGUGGGAGGCAGCGGUAACUGGUUGGUAGCUAGGACUCUGGUACACAAGGCGGGAGGCAGCGGUAACUGGUUGGUAGCUAGGACUCUGGUACACAAGGCGGGAGGCAGCGGUAACUGGUUGGUAGCUAGGACUCUGGUACACAAGGCGGGAGGCAGCAGUAACUGGUUGGUAGCUAAGACUCCGGUACACAAGGCGGGAGGCAGCAGUAACUGGUUGGUAGCUAGGACUCCGUUACACAAGGCGGGAGGCAGCAGUAACUGGUUGGUAGCUAGGACUCUGGUACACAAGGCGGGAGGCAGCAGUAACUGGUUGGUAGCUAGGACUCCGUUACACAAGGCGGGAGGCAGCAGUAACUGGUUGGUAGCUAGGACUCUGGUACACAAGGUGGGAGGCAGCGGUAACUGGUUGGUAGCUAGGACUCCGUUACACAAGGCGGGAGGCAGCGGUAACUGGUUGGUAGCUAGGACUCUGGUACACAAGGUGGGAGGCAGCGGUAACUGGUUGGUAGCUAGGACUCUGGUACACAAGGCGGGAGGCAGCGGUAACUGGUUGGUAGCUAGGACUCCGUUACACAAGGCGGGAGGCAGCAGUAACUGGUUGGUAGCUAAGACUCCGGUACACAAGGCGGGAGGCAGCAGUAACUGGUUGGUAGCUAGGACUCUGGUACACAAGGUGGGAGGCAGCGGUAACUGGUUGGUAGCUAGGACUCUGGUACACAAGGUGGGAGGCAGCGGUAACUGGUUGGUAGCUAGGACUCCGUUACACAAGGCGGGAGGCAGCAGUAACUGGUUGGUAGCUAGGACUCUGGUACACAAGGUGGGAGGCAGCGGUAACUGGUUGGUAGCUAGGACUCUGGUACACAAGGUGGGAGGCAGCGGUAACUGGUUGGUAGCUAGGACUCUGGUACACAAGGUGGGAGGCAGCGGUAACUGGUUGGUAGCUAGGACUCUGGUACACAAGGCGGGAGGCAGCGGUAACUGGUUGGUAGCUAGGACUCUGGUACACAAGGUGGGAGGCAGCGGUAACUGGUUGGUAGCUAGGACUCUGGUACACAAGGCGGGAGGCAGCGGUAACUGGUUGGUAGCUAAGACUCUGGUACACAAGGCGGGAGGCAGCGGUAACUGGUUGGUAGCUAGGACUCUGGUACACAAGGCGGGAGGCAGCAGUAACUGGUUGGUAGCUAAGACUCCGGUACACAAGGCGGGAGGCAGCAGUAACUGGUUGGUAGCUAGGACUCCGUUACACAAGGCGGGAGGCAGCAGUAACUGGUUGGUAGCUAGGACUCUGGUACACAAGGCGGGAGGCAGCAGUAACUGGUUGGUAGCUAGGACUCCGGUACACAAGGCGGGAGGCAGCAGUAACUGGUUGGUAGCUAGGACUCUGGUACACAAGGCGGGAGGCAGCGGUAACUGGUUGGUAGCUAGGACUCCGGUAUACAAGGCGGGAGGCAGCGGUAACUGGUUGGUAGCUAGGACUCUGGUACACAAGGCGGGAGGCAGCGGUAACUGGUUGGUAGCUAGGACUCUGGUACACAAGGCGGGAGGCAGCGGUAACUGGUUGGUAGCUAGGACUCCGGUACACAAGGCGGGAGGCAGCAGUAACUGGUUGGUAGCUAAGACUCCGGUACACAAGGCGGGAGGCAGCGGUAACUGGUUGGUAGCUAGGACUCCGGUACACAAGGCGGGAGGCAGCAGUAACUGGUUGGUAGCUAAGACUCCGGUACACAAGGCGGGAGGCAGCGGUAACUGGUUGGUAGCUAGGACUCUGGUACACAAGGCGGGAGGCAGCGGUAACUGGUUGGUAGCUAGGACUCCGGUACACAAGGCGGGAGGCAGCAGUAACUGGUUGGUAGCUAGGACUCUGGUACACAAGGUGGGAGGCAGCAGUAACUGGUUGGUAGCUAGGACUCUGGUACACAAGGUGGGAGGCAGCGGUAACUGGUUGGUAGCUAGGACUCUGGUACACAAGGCGGGAGGCAGCAGUAACUGGUUGGUAGCUAGGACUCUGGUAUACAAGGUGGGAGGCAGCAGUAACUGGUUGGUAGCUAGGACUCUGGUACACAAGGUGGGAGGCAGCAGUAACUGGUUGGUAGCUAGGACUCUGGUACACAAGGCGGGAGGCAGCAGUAACUGGUUGGUAGCUAGGACUCCGGUACACAAGGUGGGAGGCAGCAGUAACUGGUUGGUAGCUAGGACUCUGGUACACAAGGUGGGAGGCAGCAGUAACUGGUUGGUAGCUAAGACUCCGGUACACAAGGUGGGAGGCAGCAGUAACUGGUUGGUAGCUAGGACUCUGGUACACAAGGCGGGAGGCAGCAGUAACUGGUUGGUAGCUAGGACUCCGGUACACAAGGCGGGAGGCAGCAGUAACUGGUUGGUAGCUAGGACUCUGGUACACAAGGUGGGAGGCAGCAGUAACUGGUUGGUAGCUAAGACUCCGGUACACAAGGUGGGAGGCAGCAGUAACUGGUUGGUAGCUAAGACUCCGGUAUACAAGGCGGGAGGCAGCAGUAACUGGUUGGUAGCUAAGACUCCGGUAUACAAGGUGGGAGGCAGCAGUAACUGGUUGGUAGCUAGGACUCUGGUACACAAGGCGGGAGGCAGCGGUAACUGGUUGGUAGCUAGGACUCUGGUACACAAGGUGGGAGGCAGCGGUAACUGGUUGGUAGCUAGGACUCUGGUACACAAGGCGGGAGGCAGCGGUAACUGGUUGGUAGCUAGGACUCCGUUACACAAGGUGGGAGGCAGCAGUAACUGGUUGGUAGCUAGGACUCUGGUACACAAGGUGGGAGGCAGCGGUAACUGGUUGGUAGCUAGGACUCUGGUACACAAGGCGGGAGGCAGCGGUAACUGGUUGGUAGCUAGGACUCCGUUACACAAGGUGGGAGGCAGCGGUAACUGGUUGGUAGCUAGGACUCUGGUACACAAGGCGGGAGGCAGCGGUAGCUAGGACACAGGUAGUUUCGUUCUCCCCUCAUCAUAAUUUUAUUUCCCUUUUGACCAACAUUUUAAAUCUCCUAGAAUAUCAUGUGGCCCUCGAGCAUGAAGAUCAAUACUAACCUACUUCAUGGUGAUUUGUUUGACAAUCAGAUAAAACCAGUCAUGAUGUUGUGUUCAUGCCACAUUAAAAGGUCAUACAUUUUCACAGUUAAAUGACAUGUCUUCACACAGAGGAGGUCCCGUGAAGAAAACAUGUGUCUCCUAAUGGAAAUCAAAUGCCUGUCCAACUGAUUCAUCCUGGCGCCAGCCCUGAGGGACAGGCUGAGACUUUUCAUAGCAGGAAUCAACAACGAUGCAUAGGCUAUUACUGUUGACCAGGUAAUGGUUCUAGAACAAUCCACAGGAACGUUGUGGAGCAGAAUCACCCCAAAGAAUGGUUCUAGAACAAUCCACAGGAACGUUGUGUAGCAAAUUCCCCCAAAGAAUGGUUCUAGAACAAUCCACAGGAAUGUUGUGUAGCAAAUUCCCCCCCAAAGAAUGGUUCUAGAACAAUCCACAGGAACGUUGUGUAGCAAAAUAACCCAAAACGAUUUGGUAUAAGGAAGAUGGUGUCUGUAAUUUUUUUGGUUUAUCGUCCCAGCUCUAGUACGUGCACGCACACACACACACACACUCUCUCUCUCUGAUGCCAGCUGGAAUGGCUCUGUCAGAUAGAAGGCAAUGAGGAAGAAUCACCAAAUACAACCGACUGCUCAGUCCAGCAUCAUAGAUAGAGAUCAAUCUCUCGUACCAUUACUGACGACCAACUGCUCAGUCCCACAUCAUCCACACUAUCAUUAUCCACCACAGAAUCUGCUUCCAUACUGGUGCACUAUAUAGGGAAUAGGGUACCAUUUCAGAUGGUGCACUAUAUAGGGAAUAGGGUACCAUUUCAGAUGGUGCACUAUAUAGGGAAUAGGGUACCAUUUCAGAUGGUGCACUAUAUAGGGAAUAGGGUACCAUUUCAGAUGGUGCACUAUAUAGGGAAUAGGGUGUCAUUUCAGAUGGUGCACUAUAAUAGGGAAUAGGGUACCAUUUCAGAUGGUGCACUAUAUAGGGAAUAGGGUACCAUUUCAGAUGGUGCACUAUAAUAGGGAAUAGGGUACCAUUUCAGAUGGUGCACUAUAUAGGGUACCAUUUCAGAUGGUGCACUAUAUAGGGAAUAGGGUACCAUUUCAGAUGGUGCACUAUAUAGGGAAUAGGGUACCAUUUCAGAUGGUGCACUAUAUAGGGAAUAGGGUGUCAUUUCAGAUGGUGCACUAUAUAGGGAAUAGGGUGCCAUUUCAGAUGGUGCACUAUAUAGGGAAUAGGGUACCAUUUCAGAUGGUGCACUAUAUAGGGAAUAGGGUACCAUUUCAGAUGGUGCACUAUAAAUAGGGAAUAGGGUGCCAUUUCAGAUGGUGCACUAUAAAUAGGGAAUAGGGUACCAUUUCAGAUGGUGCACUAUAAAUAGGGAAUAGGGUACCAUUUCAGAUGGUGCACUAUAAAUAGGGAAUAGGGUGCCAUUUCAGAUGGUGCACUAUAAAUAGGGAAUAGGGUGCCAUUUCAGAUGGUGCACUAUAUAGGGAAUAGGGUACCAUUUCAGAUGGUGCACUAUAUAGGGAAUAGGGUACCAUUUCAGAUGGUGCACUAUAUAGGGAAUAGGGUACCAUUUCAGAUGGUGCACUAUAUAGGGAAUAGGGUACCAUUUCAGAUGGUGCACUAUAUAGGGAAUAGGGUACCAUUUCAGAUGGUGCACUAUAUAGGGAAUAGGGUACCAUUUCAGAUGGUGCACUAUAUAGGGAAUAGGGUACCAUUUCAGAUGGUGCACUAUAAAUAGGGAAUAGGGUGCCAUUUCAGAUGGUGCACUAUAAAUAGGGAAUAGGGUACCAUUUCAGAUGGUGCACUAUAAAUAGGGAAUAGGGUACCAUUUCAGAUGGUGCACUAUAAAUAGGGAAUAGGGUGCCAUUUCAGAUGGUGCACUAUAAAUAGGGAAUAGGGUGCCAUUUCAGAUGGUGCACUAUAUAGGGAAUAGGGUACCAUUUCAGAUGGUGCACUAUAUAGGGAAUAGGGUACCAUUUCAGAUGGUGCACUAUAUAGGGAAUAGGGUACCAUUUCAGAUGGUGCACUAUAAAUAGGGAAUAGGGUACCAUUUCAGAUGGUGCACUAUAAAUAGGGAAUAGGGUACCAUUUCAGAUGGUGCACUAUAUAGGGAAUAGGGUACCAUUUCAGAUGGUGCACUAUAAAUAGGGAAUAGGGUGCCAUUUCAGAUGGUGCACUAUAAAUAGGGAAUAGGGUACCAUUUCAGAUGGUGCACUAUAAAUAGGGAAUAGGGUACCAUUUCAGAUGGUGCACUAUAAAUAGGGAAUAGGGUGCCAUUUCAGAUGGUGCACUAUAAAUAGGGAAUAGGGUGCCAUUUCAGAUGGUGCACUAUAUAGGGAAUAGGGUACCAUUUCAGAUGGUGCACUAUAUAGGGAAUAGGGUACCAUUUCAGAUGGUGCACUAUAUAGGGAAUAGGGUACCAUUUCAGAUGGUGCACUAUAUCAGUGUUCAGCUCGUCUCUUGCAGCAGUAGCUCUGGUCCAGGGUGUUUUUUUCCCCGGCUUCGCUCUUCACUAUUGGAGGACAAUGGUGAGAGAGCAGCUGAAAGAGACCCUGCACCAGAGCUACUACAGGGGAUACGGACCAGUACUUAAGAUCUGUUGAUUUAACUGAUUGAUUCUCUUUGUAAAUUUGAGCUUAAGAACAAUAAUAAAUAAAAGCUUUUUUUUCUAAA